AUGAGUGAAACACCUUCCCAGCCUACGACAACUCCUGCCCGACGCCGGAAUGGCCGAAACGGUCGUCCCGCUGCUCAGAAAGCUUAUGCCUCGGAGAAUGAUGUCGCCACUAUUGAUCCCGCGCGACAUGAUCGUGCCCCACGCACUCCUCAGAAGGGAGCUGGCACUGAUACUCCCAUGAGCCAUACCAACUCGAAGCAGCGAACCCGUAACAGCAGCCAUAACAAUAACAACAACAAACAACGUGGCAAAUCUGGUCCUCACUCCCCCGACUUUGCUCGCCCUGGACGUGUUACACCUCCGAAUCAAUCUUCUUCUAUGAAGUCCAUCUCUGCUUUCGCAGGUGCGACUUUCCACGCCUCUCCUGCGCCAUCUGCCCUGCCUCUUCCCAGCUUUGUCUCUCGGCCGGCAACUGAGUCUCCUAGUGUCACCAGGACACCGCGAGAGAUUAUUCAGGAGCCUUCUCCUCCAACCGACACCGAGGCCCCAACUCCUCUGCGACAGGGCUCGUCAGGCGUUCAGGAAUCUCCUCUUGACUUCAUGUUCCGUGCUCAUCGUCAGGAAAAGGAACGCCAGCGUAGUGGAAGCACCAGCAGCUUCCUUGCAUCGAGACCUGUCAGUGAAUCACCCUCUGUGCAGUCUCCUUUUGGACCUGGUAGUGUUCCCCAGCCGGCAACCCUUCCUCAGACUGCUCGUAGCCAAGCCCGUUUCCAAUCCGUAGGCAUCGACAGUGGGGAAUUCGACGGAACCCCAGGCCGACCUGUCGGGCCGGCCUUCUCUACGCCUUAUCAGGAACGUAUUCGGGCUGCUCGUACCAAUUCUGCGCGGUCGCCCGCUGAUCUAUCUGCCCAUCAACAAAAGGCUAACCCCGAGCCUGAAGAUCCCACCGAGGCUCUAAAGAAAUUUCUUUUCAGUGGCAACGGCACGAGCGUCUCCCAAUCUGUCCCUAAUGGAUUCGCACCAGCCCCUCCUGCUCACCAAUACGACCGUGCUAGAAACAUUCCAAAUGCACCAGCUCCUUACAACGGCCAUUCAAACAACAUUCAGGCCAUGGAGAACGAUCUUCGUCGUAUUCUCAAACUGGACUUGGGCAGUCCCUCUCCUUCAAACGCAAACCAGCGUUUGUUCUCCUAA